AUGGCGCGGCCAUUUUGUAGCCAAACGGAGCUCAUGUUUCGUGCCUCUGGCGGCAUUCCAGGCAUGUUGGGGAGCUACAGCGGAUGCCCCAAUGAGAACGGAGUGCAGUUCUGUGUACUCUUCCCUACAACGUUCGAGUGGGGGAGCUCGCGCCUGCUUGGCUACUGCCUGCCUUCUACCUGCACCCUCCUGGAAAUUGCGCGGCACGUGGUGGUGGAUCCCAUGCUAAAUACAACUUUUAACUACCGUGAAAUCCUCUCCAGUGCUGACGCUAAUGCAUCACAGGUAGCAGACAGUCUGGCACAAUACAUCAAUUGUGGCCCUCGCCUUUCUUCUUCGGAGCCGCAGGUGGAGAAUAUUGUCUCCUGGGUAAUUCUCGGCUUCCUCACGCUGCUCGUGCUGCUGGCAACACUCUAUGACUACUUCUGGGAAAUUACCGCCCGUAGUAUCCCAUUCGAAGUGGUGAUGAUGGGGGCCGAUGGGGCCGUUGUGCGCGUGUUACAGCCGCCCAAUAUCUUCCUUCUAGAGUCUAAAAAUAAAGAUAAAAAGUCGGGCCCAAGGCAUAACGAUGCAAAUUCACCUCUUUUCCAGAAGGACCUCGCAGAGAAAGAGGGAGGAGUUUAUUCCACCUUUAGCGCAGAGGUAUCUCAACCAUUACUUGCUUCUCUGGGGCAGUCGUCCGCUGCAGAUGAGACGGAAAAAAAAGGGGGGUCUUCACAUUCGCUUCAUCUUCCGACGGCGGAAGAUGAAAAGGCCGCAAGUCUGAAGUCAAAACCAUUUCGCGGAUCUUUCGUCAGACGCAAGGGGGUUCUAACGCCUGCGGCACCACCAGCAGCAGUACCUGUAAUCGCAACAACACCUGUGGGUGGUGUUGACGAUGCUUCGCGAGGGACAGGCAUUUUGUCAGAAUUUAACGCGGAGGCACUUUGGUCACAUAGGAGUGUACAAAAAUUCUUAGCCGAAAUCCCAGAUGUGCCUGACUUUCGUUCUUUUGUGAAUCGCACCGUGCUGUGUCUCUCACUGAUUAACAGUUUUCGUAAAUGGCGUUAUCACCCAAAGUCCGAGGUGGACCUAAAUUUAUUUAACAGCUGGCGGGUACUCGCAUGGAUGUGGGUCAUGAUCUUCAGCUAUUUUUGGUACUCGCAGCAGAUUCCCACCUUGGAGAAUGUGGGCUCGCGUCAGGUGAACAUACUCUAUGCCUUUCUUGAGAAGGAGGCGUUCGCUGCUUUUACCGUUGGGACCUUUCUUCUUAUAGCUGGCUUCCUGGCGUUACACCGUCUUCAUGUCUCUGAGGAGUUACUCAUGAAGUCCCCCACCGCCCGCGUGAGGGCGGAACGGCGUAGGUGUCGUCGGACGCUCGUUGAAUGUAGCUUGUGGUACGCCAAGUAUCUUGUGGCACGCCUUGUUCGCCUCAUCCCCAUCUCAUUUGCCGUCCUGAUGCUUUUACCAAACGCCGUGUCGGGCGCCGGCCAUGGACCCUUUUGGGGUCUUUUUGCACGCUCUCCUGCCCUGUAUGCAAAUUGUAUGAGGUACUGGUGGACAAAUUUACUCCUCGUCAAUAACAUUAUCCCUGCUGAUGAAAAUAAACGCUGUUUCCCAUGCUCAUAUUAUGUGGCGCUUGAGUUUCAACUCGUGGCACUGGCACCGCUGAUUUACUUUCUUGGGAAGCAUUUGCAUCAUCGUCUAUUCUUUUCGUUACUCAUUCUUACAAUGGCGGGAAGCGCCGCGUUGCGGUAUAUUGAGUUAUCGCACCAGCGAAGGGUGUUUUUGACUCCCAGUGCCGUCUCACACCACGCAUUGCCUGUGGGAACCGUGUAUCAAUUCCCACAUCUCAUGUUUAUUCCCUUCUGUCUUGGGGCAAUGCUUUAUUAUUUAUACAGAGCUCUGCGACAGCGUGCUGAGAUGCUGCGCAUGUUUGGACCGGACCUCUUUUUAAUGGUGCAUCGCAUUCAGGAGGGAGCCGGCGCAGAGGACAGGGCGAGUUACUGGAUCUUGGAACUCCUGGGAAUGCGGCGGAUACGGGUUUUUUUUGUUUGGAGUGGCCUCGCCAUCACGUCUUUGUGUGUCCUUAGCGCAUGGUUCAUUCACCGCGAGGAUGAGAGGGGCGCGGGGAUUGGUGUCGGUGUGAAGGCGUAUGAGUCGCUUAUUCUCUUUCCGUGGUGUCUGGCGCUGUGUCUGUUGGCGCUACCGCUUCUUUUUGGGUACGGCGGCAUGUUGCACCGCAUCCUCACACAUCGCUUGUGGUGUGGGCUCUCAAGGUUGGUGCUGGCCGCCUAUCUAGCGGCGCCCGUUGUCAUAGGAUUUGGCAACGCCAGCACCUAUGAAGUGGCCACGAUGAAUUUUCUUUUGUUUAUCGUGCAAGGGUUUGGCUACAUGGCGGUAACACUUCUUGUGGCGUUUAUUUUCCAUAUGCUGGUGGAACGACCGUGUUUGCACAUCAGCUCAAGAGGCGAGUACUGA